GCCUCCCUUCCUUGCCGACAGCGCGUCAUAUUUAGCUCCAGAGCGAGUUGAGUGUCUGGAGGUGAGUUAGGAGCGGACCACAGCCGGGCUCUUUGAAUGUGUUUACCCGUCAAUCUGUCAUCUAACACCGGCCGGAGAGGAACGAUUAUCCGGAGGCGGGGUGGGCUGGUGGAGGUGUGGAGGAAAUGGUUCCUUCUGCAGGAUGGACCGGAACAAAGUCGUGGCCGGGUUCGCGUCCUGCUGGCUCCUGCUGGUCCUGUCUGUGUCUGCGGAGGUCCCUGAGGUUGGGCACUUGAAGAUUGUGCAGAGUGCAGCUCCCCUCUCCUGUUCAGAAGGCUUUACAGAUCUGGGAUACUAUAACGGCUCAGUGUCCCACACGGACUCAGGCUCCCCCUGCCUGAAGUGGACAGACUUCCCAGACUACUUGCAGCAGUACCCAGGCCGAGGUCUGGGGGACCACAGCUUCUGCCGAAACCCAGACCAAGAGGCCAACCCCUGGUGCUUCUUCAGGCAGAGCUCAGGUGCCAUCGGCUGGGCCUACUGCGAGUGCCAUCAGGGUGCAGCCAGAUUGGUGGGGGGGUCAUCAGGCAACAGCGGGCGCCUCGAGGUGUAUCUGAAUAGCCAAUGGGGGGCAGUGUGUGAUACACACUGGACCGACCGUGAUGCCAGCGUCAUAUGCAGACAGCUGGGACUGGGUGAGAUCGGCACAGCCCUGCGGCAAUCUUACUUCGGCCCAGGUUCCGUCUUCCACUAUGAGCGUCUGGGUUGCCGUGGUAAUGAGAACUCGCUACUGGAGUGCCGGAGCAGGAGGUUUCUCACCAGCGACUGUAACCAUGGAAAUGAAGCGGGGGUGAUUUGUGCUGAGCCUGAAGGCACUGGCAUCCCUUUGAGGCUGGUGGGAGGCCUGGAGGACUUUGAGGGGCGCGUCGAGUUGUACCGUGAUGGCAAAUGGGGAACAAUUUGCAAUGACCGGUGGGACGACACGGACGCUGAGGUGGUGUGCCGACAGCUGGGCCUGGGGGGCGUGGCCAAGGCGUGGACAUGGGCCCACUCGGGCCGGAGUGCGGGUCCCAUCUUCCUGGAUGGGGUUGAGUGUUCAGGCAAUGAACUCUCUCUGGAGGAGUGUCCCCACGACAUCUGGGACCAGCACAACUGUGACCAAAUGAAAGAUGCAGGGGUGUCCUGCAACCCAUACCGAGCAGACGGUGCAGUUCGUCUGGUGGGUGCAGACAGUCACUGGGAGGGACGCGUGGAGAUUUACCACCAGGGACAAUGGGGGACUGUGUGUGAUGACAACUGGACUGAGCUCAACGCCCAGGUAGUGUGUAGGCAGCUGGGCUUCAGAGGUCGAGCGGCGGUGGCUCCUGACGGGGUGUAUGAAGAAGGUCGCGGGCUGAUCCUGCUGGACGAGGUGCAGUGUAGGGGAACAGAGACCAGUUUACAGGCCUGUACCCACUCAGAGUGGGGGCAGCAUGACUGCUCCCACAGUGAGGACGUAGGUGUCCGCUGUGAGAGGGGAGCUGAUACCAAGGAGAUACUCAGCCUUUUGCCUUCUAUUGGCCCUCUGGUGCGUUUGGUGGCCGGAGAAAGCAGGAAGGAGGGCAGAGUGGAGGUCUUCAUCAACGGCCAGUGGGGGAGCGUGUGUGACGACGGCUGGAAUGAUGUCAACGCGGCUGUAGUCUGCAGACAGCUGGGAUUCACCGGGGUGGCUAAAGCUCGGUCCAUGGCGUACUUUGGUGAGGGUCAAGGUCCCAUCCACCUGGACAACGUCCGAUGCUCGGGGACGGAGACGUCCUUAGGCCAGUGUCCAGCUGUGAGUCAGGACAGCCAUGACUGUCGCCACAGUGAGGACGCGGGCGUCAUCUGUGACUACACCCUGGAUCCUCUGGGGGACGCGGCCGUGGUAAUGCAGACCUGUGGCCAAAGACUCAAUAACCAGCGGCGGCGACGCAGGAUCAUAGGAGGGGAUAAGUCUCUGAGAGGCGAGUGGCCCUGGCAGGUUUCUCUGUGGCUCAGGUCUCAGUCUAAAGGAAACCAUCCUCUGUGUGGAGCAUCGCUCAUCAGCCCCUGCUGGGUGGUGACGGCCGCCCACUGCUUCAAGAGAUUUGGCAGAGACCCGACCCGCUACGUCUUGCGCCUGGGGGACUACCACACUGAGGAGCAAGAUGACUUUGAACGCACCUUGUCACCUGAACGCAUCGUUAUCCACAGGAAGUACCGCAGCCAGGGCUGGGAGUAUGACAUUGCUCUGCUGCGGCUCAAAGGCACAGAGGGAAACUGUGUGGCGUUCAACCCUCACACUGGUGCCGUGUGUCUGCCAGAGCCGGGCAGCAGGUGGGAGAAGAGGCCCGCCGCCUGCGUGAUCACCGGCUGGGGCAUCACAGACUCGGAGUACUCCCGGACCCUGCUCCAGGCCUGGGUGCCCCUGCUGCCAGCCUGGAAGUGUAAGAAGCGAUACGGUGAACGCUUCACCAGCCGCAUGCUGUGUGCCGGGAGCCUGUCGGAGCGCCACCGUGUGGACAGCUGCCAGGGUGACAGUGGGGGGCCACUGGUUUGCCAGGGGGAGGGGGGGCGUUGGGUGCUGACGGGAGUCAUCUCCUGGGGUCACGGCUGCGGUAACCCCUCGUUCCCUGGGGUGUACACGCGUGUUAGCAGGUUCCUGCGAUGGAUUGAUAAGGUCAUCAACAAACCCUACAAGACCUGAUAGACACUCAGAGGUCUUUACAUGGGUGCCUUUCUCUUUACUGACAUUUAACUCUUUCACCUCACAUUCAAAUGCAACCAAAACACUUAAUACACAUCUCAGAAUCAACUCUUUUGUCAUUUGUCUCCCAACAGAAACCCUGCUACACGUAUUGUUACACAAUGACCUACAGAAGCACUAACAACAGGCAACAUUACAAUAUACAAUAGUAACUCUUUUAUUUAUUAAAUUAGCAUAAACCAAGAUACACUACAACAGAAAAGGACUCUUCUUCAUUGAAUGGCUUGUGCUAGCUCAGUAUAACUCACAAAAAUGAAUCAGAAAUGCUCCAAUGUGUUUCCAAUGGCUAUAUUUCUUUUGUCAUUUUUCUUUCUUUUCAGUUUUUUUUAUGAUUGCUAUGACAAUUUCUUCAAUACUUUUAACAACUUUCCUAAACUCUCAACACAG